UGGUUUGGGAAGCACCUGAAUAUUAAAAUGUAGAUUGAAAUUUAAUUCAGUGCUUUGGUAUGAAAAUAGACAUCACUGUCAUGACUUGAUAUUUGAAAUUCUUUGACUUUUUUAAGCAUAAAGUACCCAUGUUUACUUUUAUAACUCAUUUAUUUCUGAAUAUGAGUUUGGGGCUACAGUUUCAAGCACAUCUCUACAAGCAGCACAUUUUGGAAGGGAUGGAUUUUAUUCCUACUAAAUAAGAGGCCACGUUGAAAUUAAUCACUGUAUUUUCUUCUUUUCACAUUUUUUUAAAGAACUAGAGACAGCAUAAUGGGCUACAUGAGGACUUUUUUCAGAUGGAUGCAGCUCAUGUAUAUGGUGAAGUGUGUCGUGAUGUGAAUAUGCAGUCAUUUUCAUUAAUGUUAUUUUAACAUUGGUGUAUUUUCUUCUUCUUUAAUGACCAGUUAUGAACAUAAUUAAAUAGUAUAUGACUAGAAGUAUAUUAAACAGUAUCAAAGCUCAAAACUUCAUAGCAGGAGCAGUUAUUUAGGUGACUGACACACCAGCUAAGUAAUGAUGAGACCAUGUGACUGGGUCACCUGCGCACUUGUCUGACCUCCUCCAGCUACUGUGAGUGUGCAUGCAGGAUCCACUCCAGGGUUCUCCACCGAUUCCAUGAUUCCAUUUCCGUGGAAGAUACACAAUAUAUAUCCCAAAAAGAAAAAAUAAGAUGCUCCUGUUGUCUUGAAAGAUGCUUUCUCUAACUCCACUAAGCUAGGAAACACAGGUCCUUCUACUUUCUGUCUGUGGCCUUUAGCCCAGGUUACACUGAAGCUCAUUCCCUGCCAACCAGACGAUGUCUUCACCUACCACCUCACAGUAGUCUCAAUCGAGGAUGGUGAUGACACAUAAAAAAAGCCUGUGACUGCUUCUGGUUGCCCUAGAAAUCAAACCAAGGCACCCUGAAGGAUCAACAGUAGGUAGCUGAAAGACUGAAAGAGGGCCAGAAACUUUAAUGGCUGGAAAACAGGACUUUGCAGAACAGAGGAUGAGAGUUUAGAGCUGGGAGAGCAGCUUGAGAGAGCAGCUUAGGAGAGCAGACGCUGAGAGGAAGAGUAAAGAGCAGAGAUGUUGUUUGUAACGGUGGUGACUGCUAGGGCGAUGGCUGAAACAGAAGACACCGAAGAUGAAGAGCAUGGGGCCCUAAGAGCAGCGGAAGCAGCCAAAGGUGCUCCGAGGAAAAGGUGCAGUGGGGGGCUGUGGAAGGACCAACAAGCAGUGCAGACCCUACCCUCACAUCCUCCUUUGGUGACAGACUCAGAAUGGUUGGAUCUGAGGGCAGAAGAACAAGCAUUCCUUCCUUGAUUCAAGAAAAGAUAGAAGUUGUUAAACAUAUUGUAGAGUCCUGCCUAUUGAAACACAGAAAUGCCUUUUGCUACAUAUGAAAAAUUGGCCUGGGCCAAAAAUACUCAAGACCCUUGGAUUGCAGUAGGUUCCCAGUCCCCAUUAGAAAAGAAGAUUAAGAGUUUAGGUGGUGUCCAUUCUUCAGACGUGAGGAAAUUGUUAGCCCAAAAGAUUCAACAGGAGAAUGAAACACUUCAGCAACUGAAGGCCAUGUCUUUUGACUUCCUGUUUGCCCAAGCAGAGGCAUACUACUAUCAACACUACAUAGAAAUGAUGCUGGAAGAAGCACACAAACACAAAAUAGUUCCAGAAUGGGAAAUUAAGACAGAGGAAGAGAAAAAGAGACCACAAAAUGAAAAAACAGGUGACACUAAGAAAUGGUACUAUUUAGUGCCUGAGAGAGAGCUGAACCAGAUACAGAAACACGUAUACCGAGCAGAACAGGCCCGAGGCCUCAGAGACCACACGUAUCUACUGCUCCCUCAGAGAAUCUCAGAUGAAACCCCCCUCCCAAAGUAUUAACGCUGGAGAAGAAUAAAGACACCGAAAACACCCAGAAAACACACAAAACUAAGACCAAAGAGCACAGGGUGGCCUGGGCAAAGAAACAGAUAAAGGGACAUCAAAACAGAAUGAUUCGAGGGAGAGAACUCACAGAGCAAAGAAACGGUCGACGAGGUGCUCAGAAACUCUCCACACAAGCUCCCCCUUUCCUAAAAUCUCAAGUGGAGAAAAAGGAAGUAAAUGAAUGCGAACAGGUCACAGCUUAUCCAAUCAUCCAGCCUUACCAGGAAGCACUCAUAGAAGUGACUAUUCUGAUGGAAAAGUCAGGAAAAGGGGAUAAAACUAAAAAACCACUCCGAAGAGAGCUCUUGAGUAUACCAUUUUUGAGAAGUCAACUAGAAAAACAUAAAGCUUAAAUUAUUUUCUAGAUUAUUGUAUUUCUUUCUUAGGCUAGCAUACCUUCAUAGAUGUUGGUGCAGUAAAAUCCUGUAUCCCCUAAUAUUGUUUCUAAGUGUAUCACACUGCAAAAAAAAAAAAAAAAAAAAGUUAAACCCCAAGUACGGCAUUCCCAAGUGUUCCAGCUAUCUGUAUAACUAACCCAAAACCUUGUAAAUUAGAACCACCACCCUUUUAUUGUAUCUCACAAUUCUGUGGCAGGGAUUCAGGCUGAGCUCAGCUGGGCAAUUUUUCUGCCCCAUGCAGCACCACUGGAACUUCUUGGGGACAUCCAGGUGAUGGCUGGGCUAGUCUGUAGAGUCCCAGAUGGCUUGGCAGGGAUGGCUAGAAGGCUGAGCCUAGCUGGUUCCUCUCACUGUCUCCCCUCUCCAGGUAGUCUCAGGGCCAUGUGGUAGUUGGACUUAUCACAUGGUGACUCAGAGCUCCAAGAGGCCUGUUAGAGGCUACAAGGCUUCUUAUGACCUAGCCUCAGAAGUCCCAGAACGUCACUUCUGCCGUUUUCUACUGAUCAAACAAGCCACCAAGUUCACCACACAUUUAAGGGGAGAGAAACAAACUCUUACUCACAAAACAACUUGUGGCUGUGUUUUAGUCUACCGCUCCAAGUCUCUGAAAAGUCUAUCACACACCUCUAUCCUUGAUUAUACUUUUCAUUGUUCUUUUAUGUCAACACUGCUCAUAAGAACAAAUGUUUUUUUAUACAAACAAAGAAACCUGCAAUUCCACAGCUCCUGAGAUGAUCCUGACUAAAGAGCCCUGGCUCCUUCUCUAUAAAUAUAGAGAGGUACAAAAGCCUGUUACAAUUAUUAUGCAGAUAACACAUUGCCUUAUACUCUCCAAUGUACCUAAAAUGUAAUGGGAUAUCAUGUACCUAGGCCUAAGCCCUAGCCCUGCCAGAGAUCCAAGACUCUAGGAUGUAGCCCCUUAGGGGGCUUACAAUCUACUGGGGAAAGAGAACAAUAGAAGAAAUAAAACAAAGCUAUGUCCAAUUCUGUAGUAUAAAAAGCUACACUGAGAAUAUGGAGUAAAGAGUAGGGUAGCAACAUGGGGCCUGAGAAUGCAUUUUGGAUGGUAAGUCCUUGGGCAGGCGGAGCAGUUGGGAGAAACUCAACAUCGAUGCCUGCCUCCUGCCAGCCACCAUCAGCACAGCCUUAUCUCCACUCCAGCAGGGGCUCCACUGGAAACAAACAGCGUGAGGACCACAGAAAAACGGAGGUGCGCACCAGGUGCUGUCAACACACAAUGUUCUAGAGGAAAAGACGCUUUGGGGAUGUUACAUGACUUUGAUUUUUUAAGAGAGAACAUAUUGGUUUUUUGUUAUUUUCUAUUCAGAGGUUUAAAGAAGUAAAAGUGGCCCAUAAUCUCCCUGCCCAAAAAACUUCUGUUGAUAAUUUUUUAAAAUAAUGAAAAAGUACAUGAUUAGAAAGCUCAAUUACACAAAGGUACAAAAUGCAAAGGAACAGCUUUGCCACCUUGGUUUCCAAAAGGUAACCACUUUUAAGUUUCUUAAUGGUGAGAGUUUGAAACAAGUAGAAAGCAGAUGAGUGAAAAAUCAGCUCUAAACAUACAUGCUUGAAAAAUUAAAAUGUUAAGACCACAUGUUGUGUGAUUCCUUUUAGGUGAAAUGUCCAGAACAGGC